UUAUUAACACUCUUCGUAAAGCACUGAAAUUGUUGAAAUUGUAAGCACAAAAAAAAAAAAAAAAAAAACAAAUUAUAUAAAUCUAGAACAAAAAUGGCAACACGUGUUGUGGCAACGGCAACGGUUCGAGCUGUUAAGGGACGCAAAUUAAUACCAACGCGUGCCGCAUUAACGCUGACGCCCGCUGCAGUGAAUCGCAUCAAAUCGCUACUGCAAGACAAGCCAGAGGUGAUCGGCCUCAAGGUUGGCGUGCGACAACGAGGCUGCAAUGGCCUAUCCUAUACCCUCGAUUAUGCUAGCACCAAAGAUAAACUAGAUGAGGAAGUUGUACAGGAUGGCGUUAAGGUCUUUAUUGAUAAGAAGGCUCAACUCUCUCUGCUUGGUACCGAAAUGGACUUUGUCGAAUCGAAGCUCUCCAGCGAAUUCGUCUUCAAUAAUCCAAAUAUUAAGGGCACGUGUGGCUGCGGCGAAUCGUUUAGCAUGUAAAGCGUUUCGAACUCAUUUUUUUCUCUAACUACGGAAUCGCAACCCGCCUCGCAAAAAACCUAAAUUAUCUAAGUUUAUGUAGAGUUUAGAGCUUGUUGUUAAUUCAAAUAGCAAUCGUCUGCAAUAUAUUUAAGCUGCCACACUCAAAUAUUGUUGCAGCUUAAUACGCAAGCGAGAAAUUGUUGCAAAUAUGCUUAAGUUUGUUUUCUGUAGCUACGAAAAUUUAGUUGUAACCAUUAAAAACGGACAUUGUUUUUAGAUUAUACAUUAAAACAACAUAUUCGUAUGUACAUAGCAUGUAUGUAGCUCAAAUAUAAAAUUAAAAAAAAAGCAAA